AAAUCAGCCCUUUAGCUAACGAGGCUUUCAUACAAAGCCUUGAAGGGGACUUUGACGCUGUUCAUGGCAACACCCCACACAACAAAAAAGAAAGCAAGCUCACGCGUAUUGUCAGUGUCGUUUAUGUAAUGUCUUUUAAUAACAACUAAAUAUGUACAUGUUUGUGUUACCGGGCACGCAAGAAGACUUUGAACCAUUGCGACCCUAAAUGGAUCGCUAGAGGCAAAGGUGAGCGACAUAAACUGGUUCUCUUAGCCAGCUAUGCUAACUUUAGCAUGCUAGGCCAGCCCACCCACAACAGUCAGUUACUCCUCAACGAGUCGCCCUUUAUGGCGCAUAUUGGCUGUUUAGCAACAUAUAGCAGCUAUCUGGUUUAGUAGUGCCUUGUGAUAUACAUCAUUGGCGCAUUCAAGCCCGUACGCAGUUCUCUAAACCUCUCGGUUACAAUGGCGUUCUAUUGAUUAGUGUCAUGGGUGCUGCUCAGUGAUGAAGACAAAGCAUCUGCAAAGCUUCUGAAGAUGGAUAUCUGAUGAUCAUAGCUCACAAACGUGAGAGAGUUCCCCAUAGAGGAUUAAUUGGAUCAUAGAAACAGACUAUACGAAUGCAAUUGUGUGGAGCAGUUUUAUACAUAGCCAGUAUUGUACCGUAUUGCCUUUUAGUAAGGUAUUUAUGCACAGACAACAGCGUCACGUUCACAGAUAAAUGAUGCUGUGUGUCAAGCCUAAGAGGUUCUGGAGGCCUUCCCAGGGUCCGUUUGGGCCCAGGAGUAGGAUGCAUCGCGGCGGGGAUAAGGAGUAUCAGAUUUCAGCACGGAAGAUGGGAACCUCCUUGCUCUUCCAGCUGUCGGCUCACGAUCGGGAGCUGGACUUGGUGUGUCUCGACCACAGCUAUGCCAAACCUUGGAAUGCUCACCCAGACGCCAGCAGCGCGCGUCCCGCAAGAACACUGUUUGUCACCCCCCGACGCCAACCAGAAGUUUCUCCAGAGUCAGAAGCUUUAAUAGAUGUGGAAACAGUCACACCCACACCAGUUCCUCUGUAUGACAACCACAAAGCUCAGUGUGUGAUGAAGGAAUGCGAGCGGCAUGUCCUGUUUGCUCGCACUGUUGCGGACAGUCCACCUCCUCCUGAUGACUGGGAGGAACAUAUAAACAAGGCUAUGUGGUCAGUCGCUCAGACCAAACUGUUCAAUAAAGUCCUGAAAGCUCUUCAGGCUGAGAGAUUAGCCCGCUUGGCCAAUGAACAUGCAUCCAAUGAACCAAUAUUACGCAGGAUAGCAGUGGACAAAUGUGCCAGAAAGGUGCGGCAUGCCUUAGCCAGUGUGAACUGGGAGACCAAGCUGACGCAGUGGUUACACACCACUCUGAUUGACUCGCUGAGUCUCGCCAUGCUUGCCACCUACUUGGAUGUUCUUCAAACUCUCAAAAGCAAAGUACCAUCGCUGAUCGACAGAAUGUUGCUUCCGGCGGCAAAGACGGGUUCUCCAAGUGCAGAGGCCCUCUCACUGCUACUGAAGCGUCCGUGGGAUCCAGCUGUCGGAGUGCUGUCUCAAAACAAACCAAGCAAGCUCCCCAGAUCCCCACUCAUCCUAAUAGCACCAUCAAGCCCGACCAAUCCAGCUGUGUCGACAUCGCGUCGAAUGAGAUUCUGGCAGUCACAGCUCUCCUGUUUGGGCAAGGUCAUCCCCAUACACACUCCCAUCAGCAGUGGCGCCAAUAUUAGCAUCACUCAGUGUCUGGAGCACAUGCUGGGAAUUGUUCGUGCAAAGGUUACUGAGGUUCACAGGCACUUUCCCCACAAACCUAUUAUCUUGGUUGGUUGGAAUGCUGGAGCUCUCAUAGCUUGUCAUGUAUCCCUCAUGGUGUACCUGACCGCCGUCGUUUGUCUCAGCUUCCCUCUGCUUACAGUCAGCGGUCCAAGAGGGGAUGUGGAUGACCCACUGCUGGACAUGAAGACCCCAGUGUUGUUUGUGGUUGGUCAGAACGCUCUACAGUGCAGCGUCGAAGGAAUGGAGGAAUUCCGAGAGAAACUAAGGACUGAUAACAGCAUGGUGGUGGUGGGAGGAGCGGAUGAUAACCUCAGAAUCAGUUCUGCAAAAAUGAAAUCAGAUGGACUAACGCAGACGAUGGUCGACCGCUGCAUUCAGGAUGAGAUUGCAGACUUCUUGUCGGGUGUCCUCACACGGGCAGAGAGCCACAGCCAUGGCUCAGGUGAGACGAGGGACCUGGACACUGAGAAGAAAAGGAGGCCUCGACGAGAGCUCCCCUUUGACGUGGAGAGAGGACGGCCUUCCUCCCCCGCACUCAGACUCCCUAUCUCUCCAUCAGGCUCAGAGGAUUUGUCCAGUGUCUGCAGCAGUCCCACUUCAAGUCCUAAACCCAAGAUCGGGCUGUCUCCUGCGCAGAAGUCCAGUCUAAUUACAGCUACACAGCUCCUGAAGACCCACAUGCAACGCUCUGGCACAGUGCUCUCACACAAGCAGGCUCAAGCUCAGUUUGCUGCUUUUAUGAAACAAAACAUGCUUGUGAGGAAAAACCUUCCUUCUGGUACUCCUCCUUGUAUCUUUGUGACAAGUGAUCAGAUGGAGGCAUUGGAUAGAGAUGAACUGAGGGCUCGCGGCAAGAGACGGCUAACCCCGAGUCCCACCCCGAGCAAAGCCUCUAAGCGGGCCAAGAUCAAGGUCACAAUUGUUUCCCAAAGCGAGUCGGCAGGGGCCACCAUCAGCCCAGCUGCACAGGAAGUGGGUGUUUCUGGAAAGCCUCUAGCAGUGACAAUGGGACAGACUGUGGCCGGAGCCAUGGAGCUCUCUGGACUUCUCACAGGCCAGCGGUCUGGUAGUCUCUCAGAGGUGUCUGGUACCCUGUCCCCAGGCUCCAGCUCCUUCAACAGCGUGCAGCCUUGCAUGGUGUCAGGGUCGUCCGCACCAAUCCAGGCGCAAGCUCCAGCUACUGCCCAAGCACCUUCCGCCAGCAGUCUGCUACAAGGCCUAAGUUUCAGUCUUCAGGAGAUCGUCACCAAAGCACCUAGCUUGCCCUCUGUGGAAGCCUGCACUGGAAGCACACAGGCAUUCUGUGGCAAGCCCCAGGGUCAGGUCCUGAGCGCCAUCUCCACCACCACCAACAGCAGCACUCUGCUCCGAGCAGUGCCUGUGGUCACCGCGGGGGGCGUGGCCAAAACCAACACUAUCCACCAACUGCUCACAAAUGGCGGACUGGCCAAGCUCGCCAGCAGUUUGCCAGGCUUGGCCCACAUCACCAACCAGAACACCGGGCAGAAAGCCCCCACAGCCAUAACAGUGAUGCUUCGAGGAGCACAACCUGCGAACAGAGCGGGAUCGCUCAGCCAAGCUGGUGAGAUGAUGCCAGAUCAAAACAUAAUCACGUUUUUUUUCUUCUGGUUUACAUUGGCCCAGACUGCUGAUGCUCCCUACGGUGACCCCACAGUUCACAUGGGACCUGCAUACUUGAGAGGCCCUUUCUGAAAUGUUCUUUCAACAAGCUAUCGUCUGCAUAUAGCGUACAAUAGCUUUGCUUGAGCUUCCAGGAACAACAUGACUGUACAAGUGGACAUUUACACUGAUUGAAAUGUUAAUCUAGAUUACAAUUAAAACCUGUUACAUCUACA